GUGAAUAUGACGGGAACAUGGCUGGUAUCCUCCCUCUGGUGUUUCUGAUCUUUAGCCUGGGGACUUCUGUUGUGUAUUCUGGAAGUCACACUCUACACUAUGAUGUCACUAUUGUAUCAGCACCGACCCCUGGGGUCCCUCGGUAUUUAGUUAGCAUGUAUGUAGAUGGCGUGCAGUAUGGGAAGUACAACAGUGACAUACGCCAUGCCGAGGCUUUAUAUCCGUCCCUGAGGGCACUUUCUGAGCACAUAGAAAGGCAAACUCAGUAUGCUCAGGAACAUGAAAUGAGGCAAAGACACAGGCUGAAUUUUCUAAAGGGAUAUUUAAAUACAAAAGGUAAUGGUAAUAUCUACCAGAGGAGGCUUGCCUGUGAGCUGUAUGAAGAUGGCACCAUUGGUGGAUAUGAGGAGAUUGCCUUUGAUGGAAAGGAGUUUUUCAGUUUCGAUAAGGAGAGAGUGGUGUAUGUGCCUGUAACACAGGAGGCUGCGAUGUUAUCGUACCUAUGGAAUAUACGUUAUGAUCCCACUGAUACUAAGAUAUACAUGGAGAAUGACUGCAUUGAGCAUAUAAAGCUGUAUCUCCCUUAUAUAUCCACUGACUUGGAGAAGAAAAUACCCCCCAAAGUGAAGGUUUCCAGCUCAGAGUCAGAGAGUGGCACCAAACUGCACUGCCGGGUGUAUGGGUUCUACCCCCGAGAUGUGGAAGUGAAGUGGAUAAAGAAUGGGAGAGAUGAGAUUCACUCAGAGGAGGCAGCACAGAUCCUGCCAAACCCUGAUGGCACCUAUCAGAUCAGAGUCAGUGUGGGGGUAACACUAGACAAAAAUAGUAACUAUUCCUGCCUUGUGGAUCACAGCAGUUUGGAGACCCCCAUGAUUGUAAACUUUGUACCCAACAAUGGAAGGCAUUUGUAUUUCAUCAUUUCUGCCAGUGUGAUCCUGGGAAUAUUUAUAUACAGAAAGAGAAUGACGAAAGACUCUCAAGGCAGCCAUGAACCUGUGAGUAUCGGUGGGGAGAGCUUGAACACUGAUGCCCACCCAGAGGCGCAGGAAGAGCAGAUAACUGAUAGCCCGCCGGAGGGAUUAGAAAACUCUAAUGAGAUUUUACGAAAAGUUGAAAAGAGGGAUUUGCCUUUUUAUAUCAAGCAAGUUUUAAAGCCUCAAUGAAGCUGUCCCACUAAUUUUUUAAAGAAGUUGAAUAAUUUCAGUUGCGAACAAAUUUAUCUGACCAAAUUCUGCUGCUCAAAAGCAAUUACAGAUGCAGGAGAAUUCACCAGAGAAUGCUGAUUAUGAGCACUACGGCAGCCAUCUUGUUAUCUUACAUGUAGACUUCAUUGUGUCCCGAGAGCUGGGGAAUUUUUCAGCAAUCGAUAUUGUUUAGAGCAGGGAUCCCCAACAUUUUUUUUACCACACUCUUGUGUUACCACACAAGCAACCCAAGCAACCCAAGUUAUUCGGGGAUGCCAAAUAAGGGCUGUGAUUGGCUAUUUGGUAGACACAUGUGGACUGCUAGCCUGCUCUGUGUUUCCACUUGCCUCCAAGAAAAAUGAGCAAAGACAUUAUGGCCACUGGGAGCAACAUCAAAGAGGGGGUGAGCAACAUGGUGCCCCCGAGCCACUGGUUGGGGAUCACUGGGUUAGAGGAGCAGAGGGGCCUAAGCCUUUUUUUUUGUAGCAUUACUUAUUGGAGUUAGAUAACUGACUGGAGGAUGGGGCAAUUCUCUGGUGGAUCCUGGAGGUGCCAGGGGGCAGAUGGGAAAGAAGCAGAACUUGGAAAGAGUCUGGUCCUGGAGCCCAAACUAAAGGGAGGUUCACCAGAGGCAAUAAGGCACGUCCUACAUGCCCAACAGGGAGGUGUUACCCCUGCAGCUCCACCUGCCAAGCAACAAGAAUUCUCAAGGUGACAGACACCGCUGUCUCAGUGCAACAGAAUUGCUUGUAAACUCUACUGACUCAAACCCUCUGAGCAUUUGCUUAAUAAGUCCCCCUUUUAUUACAUAUGGGGGUUUGUGUAGCAAUUGAACUGUGUGUUUUAAAUAUCCCACCUGUAAGUAAUUAUAUUGGGCUGAAAAUCCCCCACAGACUGUU